GUGAACUUCACUGCUUCAUUUUCAGUUCUAAUCUCUCAACACUUUUCAGCCACUAAGUCAGGUCUAUCACUAAUUUUCAAGCAUCCAGUCAAGGGACAUAGCAAUGGAGUACGUAGAGCCUGUUGUCGGCAUUGCAAAUUGUCUCGGAACUCCUGUUUGUAAAUAUUUGCAAUAUCACAGAAAGCUGAACGAUUAUGUGAGAAACUUCAAGAGGAUCAGAGAUGAAUUGAAUUGCAAAAUGGAAGAUAUAGAACUGCAAUUGAAAGCAGAGCUUCUUCGUCCUCUGGGGAAGAUACCGAAGAAGGGAGUUGAAAAUUGGUUGAAGGAUGUGAAAGAGAUGAUUAGGGAAGCACAAGUUGUUGAAAACAAAGUCAGUAAUGGGAGAUAUCUUUUUCGUGCUUGCAACGGGAAGCUGAUUGAUGAAAAGUCUCGAGAAAUGCAAGAAUAUCUCGAUAAAGCUCCUAAAGCCUCUGAAGGUCUUGCCAUGGAUGGUCCAAGUGCUGGGUUGCCACUGGAAACAUCAGAACGAGUUGGAGAGGAAGCUGUCAGAAAAGAGAUUUGGGCGUGCUUGACGCAGGAGGAGGUAAGCAAGAUUGGGGUUUGGGGGAUGGGCGGCGUGGGUAAAUCGACCAUCAUGAAGCACAUCCACAAUGAUCUAUUGAAAGAACAACGAUUUGAAAGGGUGGUCUGGGUUACUAUAUCAAAGGAGUUCAAUAUUGUGAAGUUACAAAAUGAUAUUGCAAGUGCAUUGAAUGGAAAGAUGCCCGAAGAAGCAAACAAGGUCAGACGAGCAGCAAUCUUGUCCGAAAUGCUGAAGAGAGCAGGAAAACAUGUUCUAAUCCUAGAUGAUGUGUGGAGUGAAGUCUCGUUGGAAGAAAUUGGGAUCCCUAAGCCAAGUAGCAGCAAUGGGAACAAGUUGGUGUUGACAACCCGUGUGGAGCAAGUUUGUAAGUCUAUGGGCUGUAAGGUGAUAAAAGUGAAGCCCCUUUCGGAAGAAGAGGCAUUGAUACUAUUCUUGAGUGAAGUUGGACCUAACAUAGUGCAAAAUCAAACUUUAAUGCCAACUUUGAAGCUUGUUGUCAAGGAAUGUGCAGGUCUGCCUCUUACAAUUGUCGUCAUAGCUGGUACAUUGAGAGGAGAAGAUGACCCUCUUAUUUAGAAAAACACCCUCAGGGAAUUGAAAGAGAGAAUAGGGAAAGUGAAAGAAGCGGAAGAUAAAGUGAUCGAGAGUUUGAAAGUUAGCUUCAAUCACUUAAAAGACGAGAAAAUGCAGCAUUGUUUCUUACAUUGCGC